AUGGAAAUCUUAAACGACAUAUUUAGUGUAAUUUUUGACACAGGUUCAUCAAACCUAUGGAUUCCUUCCAAACAGUGCCCAGACGCAAAUGUUGCUUGCUUCGUGCAUAACAAAUAUGACAGCACAAAGUCAUCCAAAUGCAUUAAAAACGGUGUCCAAGGCAUUGUCAAGAGAACGUUUACUGAAGCCAUGGUUGAAUCAGGAUUAGCAUUUGCUAUCGCAAAAUUUCAAGGUAUUCUCAGAUUGAGUUCUAGUCCCUUUUUCACCGAUAGUGUAGUACCAGUGUUCUACAACAUGAUGUGUCAAGAAUUACUUGAAAAACCCGUCUUUUCCUUUUAUCUCAACCGCGAUUCAUCUCUACCGUACUGUUUUCAGCGAAAACAGAUAAUACAUUGUAUUUUAAUUUGA